AUGACAGGUGAAGGUGGUGAUGAUGACAGAGGUGGCGCAGAGGGGACACUGAUGGGGACAGGCCACGGCGGUGGUGAUGACCGAGAUGUGCCCACUCUUGCAGAGUCCUUCCUGGGGCCAGGGCCACCCAAAGCCGUGCCCACGUCAGGCAGUUUACCCCAUGGGGGGCUGUGUGUCGCCGCCGUGAUUGGCACUGACCCCCAGGGGAGGGAAGAGGUGCCCCAGGGUCAGGCGGCAGCCCGGCCUGAGUCGGUCCUCGGAACCACAGUCCUCGGAACCACUCUCCGGAGCACCCCCGGGGAGUCCCAGCAGCUCCCCCCCCAGGCCUGCCUGCCGGCCCUGCUCGGUCUGCUGGGCAGGCCAGGCCAGGGCUGGGCACUGGGUCGGCCGGUGCCUGCAGCAGGGAGCAGAGGCUUUGGGGGCAGAGUCCAGGGACCCAGGGAGGAGGCUCCCAGCUGGCUCUCCCUGGGCCUGGGGGCCCUGGAGCCCGAGGGCAGCUCUCCCACUGCCUGGGCCUGUCCCCGCGCCGCGCGGCCGCCUGAGGGCGAGGAGGAGCGGCGCCACUGUGGCCCGAACUGUCCCCGGCGGCGCCAGGGGUGGCGGCCACGGCGCAGGUCCGACCCGGGCGCACAGGCAGCCCCGAGCCGGGCGUGCGCCCUCUGGAUGCCCGCGGAGGCGCCGAGCGCACUAGGGUCGCCAAGUGCCCCCCUCCGCGACGAGGACUAUACCCCGUGGAAGGAAGCAGGCCACGCUGGCAUCCUCAGCCGUAUUCCCGUGGGUGUCAGCCCCGCCACGGCCACGUUUGGCUCUGACCAGAGCCAGGGCCACGCCUUCGGCUCCCUGCCCACCGUGUGGAGAGCUCAGUGCUCCCGUUACGGCCUGCUCGUCAGAUAUUCACAGGAGGACGAGCUCACAGAGACCCCGAGGUCUCAGCAGCUGCCUCCCACCCGCGCCUGGAACCCGCUGCCAGGCUGCUCCCAGACCCCUGCUGUCACCAAACCUUCUCUGUGCCCUGGCCCCCCUCAGCACCCUGGCCAUCGGUCCGGCCUGUUCGGCCUGCCCCUGUCUGCCCCGCUGCCCCAGCCCGAGGACCCCCCAGUCAACGGCUGCCACGGCCAGACCCCCACAGAGCAGGACGCAGAGGCGAUGCAGCUGGGAACAGUCCCCCCACCGCUUCCCAGCGGGGACCAGCCCCCCGAGACUGCAGAUCCCAGGCCACCCCCACCGGUUGUACCCCCCUUCCCACCGUAUUUUGAAGGUGCCCCCUACCCUCCCCCGCUCUGGCUAAGAAGCACCUACCAGCAGUGGGUGCCGCAGCCGCCGCCCCGGACCAUCAAGAGGACACGUCGGCGUCUGUCCCGCAACCGUGACAUGGGCCGGCUGGCCCUGAGCCCCAUCCGCCUGCGGCCUCGCCAGGUGCUCUGUGAGAAGUGCAAGAGCACGCUAGGCCCCCCCGAAGCCAGCCCUGCCCCCCAGGGAGCCCCGAGGCCGCGCAGAAGGGUGGGCAGCGGGCCUGGCCUCGACAAGGAGCCCCGCAAGCUGGAGGACCCGGCCGGUGGCGCCAGCGGCGACGACUCCACGGCCCCUGCGAGGAGGAGCAAGAAGGGGAAGCGAGAGGACAGGGCCCGGGUGCCGCGGAGCCCCGCCAUCAAGAUCUCCUACAGCACGCCGCAGGGCACCGGCGAGGUCGUGGAGAUCCCCUCCCGCGUGCACGGGUCCCUCGAGCCCUUCUGCCCCGCCCAAGCCCCGCACGGUGGCAGCCAGGACCCCAGCGGGCCUGCCGCCUCCAUCCCCAAGCUGAAGCUGACACGCCCCGGGCCCCCGGGCACCAGCCUGCCACCCCCCAAGAUCCGCCUGAAGCCCCACCGCCCAGGGGCCGGGGAGCGGGAGCCCAUCUACAGGGCCGAGCUGGUGGAGGCGCUCAAUGGCCACGGGCGAGGCCCCCCGGCCAGCUCACCCUCGCUCCCGGGCCACUGCUCCCCCCGCCGUGGGCCGGUGGACUCGUCUUCCGGAAGCUCUGGCGAGGAUGACGACUUCAAGCAGUGUCCCCAGGGUGAACACGAGCGAGACGGCCUGGCCUUCCUCGCCACCUGCCCCAGGAGGGGGACGCACUGCGCCCGCGAGUCCAGGUGGAGUGGCGACAGCCUGGACGAGUCCAAAUCCUCCAGCUCAGAAGUGCCAUCACCGGACACGUGUGGCCUGGCCGGCGACGGAGCGUCUGUGAGGUCCGCGUCCGGGGACGCGAGGCCGACGGUCCCGCCCCUGACAGUCAGGCUGCACACGCAGAGCGUCUCCAAGUGCGUUACGGAGGACGGCAGGACCGUGGCCGUGGGGGACAUCGUGUGGGGUAAGAUUCAUGGUUUUCCCUGGUGGCCGGCGCGUGUCCUUGACAUCAGUCUUAGCCAGAAGGAGGACGGGGAGCCUUCCUGGCAAGAAGCCAAAGUCUCGUGGUUUGGUUCUCCGACUACGUCGUUCUUGUCUACUGCCAAACUCUCCCCCUUCUCUGAGUUUUUCAAACUGAGAUUUAACCGUAAGAAGAAGGGCAUGUAUCGGAAAGCUAUAACAGAGGCCGCGAGCGCGGCGCAGCACGUGGCCCCGGAGAUCAGGGAGCUCUUAACCGAGUUUGAGACGUAAGCCAGGCUCCCGACCAGGUCACCGACGAUGAGGGUGUGGCUGUUCUCCUGGAGCUUCUGAUUCGGGGGUGCCCUGCACGUCCCCUAUGCUGUCUGAGGGGCCACUUGCCUUCUGGCCACAGCGUGCAGAAGUGUGCCAGCCCCACGCCGGCCAGCCUGCUUGGGGGGCCCUGGGGGGCAGGUGUGGGGGGGGAGGAGCCUCUGUGUAUUUACGCCCCCGACUCAGGCUUUUGCUCCUGUGGUUUGUGAACUUCCAGGAGCCACAAGCGCUUCCUGCUGCGGCCUGGCUGCUGGGGCACCGAGAGGUGAGGCCUGCCCUCGGCCGGAGGCUUCCAGAAACCAGCCUGCACGUGCGGGCGCCCCCUCCCCUCGCCCUCAGCGUGCACUGAGAACCAGGCACCUGCCAGCCUCCCCCACCAUCCUCCCAAAGAGGGGCCCAGGGUGUCCUCGGGGUGAGGGCCCAGGGAGGGGGCCACUCUGAGAGCGUGGGCUUCAAAAGGAAAACAGCCUGUUGUUUGUAGAAGCUGCUCCUGUCUCCUUUCUGUCACUUUAAAGACCAAAAAGAAAAAGAAAGAAACAGAAAA